CACCGGAUUGGCUGCGCCCCUCGGCUGAAGCCCCGCCCAUUUCCCCGGGUCCUUUGAUCACGCGCCUGCCGGCUCUUCCGGGGCCCGGGAGCCAACCGAGGGCGUUACUGUCCGAGCUGCAGCGGCGGGAGGGAGCCCAGUGGAGGCGCCCUCCCGAGGCACCUCUGUCCAUGCUGCCGAUGUCAUGAGGAACACCACAGUUCCCAAUGCCCCCCAGGCCAACAGUGACUCCAUGGUGGGCUAUGUGCUGGGGCCUUUCUUCCUCAUCACCUUGGUCGGGGUGGUGGUGGCUGUGGUAAUGUAUGUCCAGAAGAAAAAGCGGGUGGACCGGCUUCGCCAUCACCUGCUCCCCAUGUACAGCUAUGACCCUGCUGAGGAGCUACAUGAGGCUGAGCAGGAGCUGCUCUCUGACGUGGGAGAUCCCAAGGUGGUACACGGCUGGCAGAGUGGCUACCAGCACAAGCGGAUGCCCUUGCUGGAUGUCAAGACAUGACCCGACCCCCUUGCCCUGAUCUUCAGAGCCGUGGGGUCCUGGAGUGUCCAGGGCCCUGUGGUCUGCUGCUUCCCCCUCCCACUUGCCCUCCCCCAGCUCCCCCUGCUGGGUACUGGGUCUCUAUUCCUCCUCCCGGCUGUGCCCAGCAGCACCUAUUUCCUAAGCCCCUGCAGAGCACCGGCCUCCAUCACCUCACUCUCCACUGGGCCUUCAGUCCUUUGUGGACUCCCACCCACUCCCAGGGAUAAUGGGAACUUUUUCCUUCUGGGGUGGAAGGGUGGCGGGAAACAGAGCUUUGCCCUUUCCGUGGGCACCUUUCUCUAGCCCUCCCCGACUUGGCUUUGGCAUUGUUCCCAUGAUGGCAGGGCCUGAUGUAUAGUAUUCAGUAUAUAUAUUUUGUAAAUAAAAUGUUUUGUGGCUAGG